UUUUUAAGCGAACCCGGAAGUAUACAGAACUGAAACCUCUUGGUGCACCGGGGCAUUUCCUCUUCGGUGUAGCACAGCGGAGUUGAGAAGAGGUUUGUUUAGCAAGCUUUAUUUGCUAAACAUUUAUGAGUUGAUUUCGAGUUUGUCCAGAUGCCAAAUAAAACCGUGAAACGCCCAGGAGUUGGGGUCGGGGUGCUGGUAACGGACCCAUUCCAUCCCGGAUGUGUUCUCCUGGGAAAACGUAGGAGUGUAAUGGGAAAAGGGACGUACCAGCUUCCCGGUGGUCACUUGGAGUUUGGAGAGACGUGGGAGGAGUGUGCUCAUAGAGAGGUGCUGGAGGAAGCAGGGGUGCGUUUGGUGAACGUCUGCUUUGCGUCAGUAGUGAACUCCAUCAGACAGGAGGAGCAGUACCACUACGUCACCAUUAUCAUGCAAGGGGAAUUGGACAGAAAGCAGUCAGGAGAGCCAGAGAACCUGGAGCCAGAAAAGAAUGAAGGCUGGACAUGGACACACUGGGACCAGUUUCCUCCUGAGGAGCAGCUGUUCUUGCCUUUGGCUGGUCUGAGACAACAAGGCUUCCAUCCAUUCAGAAACACAGAGACAAACACUGAAACUCAGCCCUGAAGUUGCCUGUUACACAGAGAGAAGCUUCUUUCUUUCCUCACAGGAAGUUAUAUGAUACCUCUUCCCUUUCUUGCUUUUCAGGAGUCAUGUUUUUCUGUUACACCACAUGCUGUAAUUGAAUGUCUUUUCUAUUUUUGGAAUGAAUGACUAAAAGACUAGUAUACUGUGAUUUUAUUUAGAUUUUAAGCAUAAGAGUGUAAAUAAAAUGGACGACGCAAACACAGUUUAAAAGACACAUGAACACAAAAAAUA